GUGCUUUUUGGGGGGGGUUAAGGGGUAACCCUAAUUGGACGUGGGCCCCACCCUACCCCCCAAAACAACACAAAAACAUAUUUAGUUUGGAUUUCACUCUCAUUAUGCAAAACUGAUUUUUUUUCCAGCAGCUUGAAGAGGAGGAACAGCUUGAAGAAGAUUGAUUGAAGGGGUGAGAAAAGUGACUACAAGCGUGAUAGGAGCUAGAAGAAGCAAGAAGAAGAGGAAGAAGAAGAUUCUUCUACAUUUUGGAGAGAUUUUUCAAGCACAAGUGUCAAUUUGAAAAUUUCACAAUGAGCUCCCAAGGCACGAGUGAAGAUAACAUGGAAAUCCAUUCUCAUAGUGAGAAUGAUUCAGAAUUUGAACCUGAAAAUGAGGGGGGUGACCAUGGGGCUGAUCCUGAAGCCCAAUCUAGUUCUAUGGCAAGUGCAGCAGCUAGUACAGGUUGCCCUUCAGAGUUGUUGGCACCAUAUGCUAGGGGUCAUUUUGAUCCUAAGUCUCCUCUAAAACAGUUUGCUUCACAAAUAUCAGUACAAGGCACUGCAUCACAUUCAAGUGGGGGAACAAGGAAGUGGAAGUGCAAUAUUUGUGACAGAGAAUGGUUCGGUAGCAUUAGCAGGGUGAAUGCACACUUUCUAUUUUGGAGAGGAAAAGGCGUGAAACAUUGUAAGUUUUUGGAGGAACCCAAAAAUAUACAUUACAGAAUUGAGUUUAACAGGCUUUGGGGGGUUCCAGAUGACACAAAUAUUUCAAUGCCUACUACUUUGUCUGCUAGGGCAUCACUUCACGACAGCCAGAAUGUGCCAGUGCCACAUACUUAUCAUGCUUCGCAGGCGGGAGGAAUGAUGUUUGGAUCUCCAUCUACUUCCACUUCUACUGCUGCCAGGGCUGGGAAACGUAAGUUGCAUACACCACAGAGCAACCCCAUUGCUGAUAUGUUUAAUGUGCAGCUGAGAGAUGAGAUAGAUGAAUCCAUUGGCAAUUUCUUCUUUGCCAAUGGCAUUCCAUUUCAUGUUUCACGGUCUCCUUAUUAUAGGAAGAUGAUAGAUAUGGUGGCCAAGGGAGGACCAUCUUAUGUGCCACCAGGGGAGACGAAAAUGAGGACCUCGAUCUUGGAUAAAAGCUAUUCCAAGAUCAAUAUUUUGAUGGAGAAGAUGAAGGCAUGUUGGGUGGCAUCGGGGUGCAGCAUAGUUAUGGAUGGGUGGACGAACAUUAGCCAUCGUCCACUCAUCAACGUCAUGGUCACAUGUGCAGAGGGCCCAUACUUCCUUAGAGCAGUUGAUUGUACAGGGCAUCGUAAAGAUGCUGAUUUCCAGUUUCAGGUCCUCAGGGAGGCUAUUGAGGAGGUUGGGCCACAAAAUGUGGUCCAAGUAGUGACAGAUGCAGCCUAUGUGUGUAGAGCAGCAGGGAGACUCGUUGAGGCAGCCUAUAGACACAUUUGGUGGACCCCAUGUUGUGUGCAUGCCAUGAACAAUGCACUCAAGGACAUGGGGAAGAUUGACUGGAUUAGAGGAGUGGUCACCGAUGCGAGAGAUGUGCAGAUGUUUAUCUGCAACCACCACAUUUCACAUGCACUCUUCAGGACCUUCGCGAAGAAGGAGUUCUUGAAACCAGUUGAGACUAGAUAUGCAUCCUAUUUCAUUCUCUUGGAGAGAAUGAUUGAGUUGCAAGAGGCAUUGCAACUCAUGGUUAUGACUAAUGAGUGGAAUAGGUGGGCUGAGGCCAAGACAGAGCAGGGGAGAAGGGUGAAGGAGAUAGUGAAGAGUGAUGUGUUUUGGACUGAUGCGAAAUACAUUGUCUCCAUCAUUUCUCCAGUAUUCCAGGUGAUCAGAUAUGGGGAUGGGGAUGCACCUAACCUUGGAGAGGUGUAUGAGUGCAUUGACUCUAUGCUUGGCCAGAUGAGGGCUGCUGUGCGAGUGAAGGACCCCUCUCUAGCAUUCUACAAUGAGCAAAUCCGGCCUAUCAUUCAGAGUAGAUGGGACAAGUUGAACACUCCUUUGCAUAUGGCUGCCUUUGCCUUGAAUCCUAAGUGGUACAAGGCUAGACCGGGUAGAACGACACCGAUUGAGGAUGAUGAGGUGAAGGCAGGUUUCUUUAGGUGCAUAGAGAAGAUGUUUGAUUCCAGAGAUGCCGGCACAAUGCGCACUGAGUGGGGAAGAUUUGCCACUCUUAGAGGUUAUUCAGAUGCAGCAAAGAUGGAUAUAGACAUUAUGGCACAGGAGGACCCACUUUUGUGGUGGAAAUGUCAUGGCCCGAAAUCUUUGACCACCACUCUAGCCAUCCGUCUGCUAUCCCAGGUUUCCAGUUCUUCAGCUGCUGAGAGGAACUAGUCUACAUAUAGCUUCAUCCACUCUCUUAAGAGGAACAGACUUACCUCUAAGAGAGCAGAGAAGCUUG